AUGUUAACAAAACUACCUCCUGAACUUAUCUCGGGCAUUCUCUCUAGGGUUGAGCAUCGUCUUGAUCUUAAAUAUUUGUCUGAAGUGUCCAAACGCCUCAACGAGCUCACAACCCCGUUUCUGUACGAAUCUAUCCUCAUCACGACGGGCAGGAAAACGAACGGGAUUGUAAAAGCGCAUCAGAGGGCCGGAGUACUCCAUUAUACCAAGGAUAUUCAGGUUGCGAAUGAUGGAUCUGAUGAGUACUGGCUUGACCCAGAAAACCCGAGCCAGAUGCUCACAAAGUAUCCUUCCUCGGGGUGGGAAGCACUGCCGAUACACGAGUACCCGGACUAUUUCGAAGAGCUGAAAGCUUUAGAAUAUGAGAGCACCACUGGGCUCACCAGUACGGAGCUGGAAGACAAGAAAAGGUGGAUUGACCCGGAACCCGAAGCACGGUUUUCCAAAGUCGUUCGUUACAUGGAACUCAGACGGAGAGUCCUGUCCGUUCUAAUCAGAUGCCAGGAGGAGACCCUCGUUAUACGUUCCCAUGGGGCAUAUGGAUGCCACAUUUAUGAUACCCAUCUAUUUAAAAGGCUUAAAAGAUUGACAUGGGAAGACAUGGGUCAUAGCUUUCCACUUGUUACCGAAUCGGAAGACAUUCAGAGGCUCAGAGACUGCCUAGACUCUGUUUCUCAUCAAUUAGUUUAUCUUAAGCUUGGGCUUAAAUGGUGGGAGUAUUCAUUUCAUAAGCCAGAUGACGAGAUGGCCACUAUAUCACAGGAGAUUGUAAAGGCAAGCCCCGGUCCGGACGGUAAAAGGUUUCACUUUCAGAACCUUCAGCACCUAUCCUUGCUUGGGUUUAAUUUCGAACAUGACGCAGUUGACAUCGUUGGGGAUCUGAACCCAGCAACCCUUAAUACUUUAACAAUAACUCUUUGUGGUUAUGCAUGGCCAAACUUCCUUGAUCGACUCAAUGCCUCGGAAACUCCAUUUAAUUUAACUACGGUAGAGAUACUGUCUUGGGCAGAUCCAGAAUCAGCAAGCCACGAAAACGAAGACAUAAUAAGAUUUGUCAACGGCUGUCAACCACUUCAAAACUUUUACGUUGCUGUGAGAGAUCAAGACGGAGCACUAGAGCUAUGGCAAGCAUUAUUACGACAUCGAGAUUCCCUUAAGGCGUUUGUUUACUAUACGGAUCCAAGUGUCGGUACCGAUCCAGAUCCCACCCCAUUUUAUGUAAACGACGUUUCGUUUUCAAAGCCCCACAACCUCGACAUGGACACUGCAUGGAAUCCCUUGAGAUACCUCAACCUAGAGUUUCUUGGGCUCAGCUAUGAUUUUGAGUACCUGAUCCCGGUUCUAGCCCCAAUCACAGGAAACAAGUAUUUAAAGGUUCUACUUAUCCGGAGAAUCGACACCUGGGUUAUUAAUGGUCUGAAAGCAGUUGAAAAUCCAAAAAGAAGAGAAAACUCGCAGGAUGACGGGGAUGAUGCAGCGAAUGAGGACAAUUUUCUUAAUUUUGAUGAACUCGUUCGAUGGGCGUUUGGACCGCAAGGAUUCUCAUCGUUACAAAUGAUUGGGGUCGGCGACUUCUCGGACAAGGUAAAGCCUUGUGAGAAUGCGCUACUCUGUCGUAAAUCCAAUCCCGAGUGUGAAGAGGUGUUUCCUGGAAGGAAUUAUCGCUUUGUUACCAGAGAUGAUCGGAUUCAGCAGGAGUUAUUUCGGAAGUAUGCCAGUGCGAUGGUAGCUUGUCCCACGAAACACAUCGAGGCUUGGUCGUGGUUGUGA